CACAAACUCGGAACAACCACUCUCAUUCACUCACUCACUCGUUCCUUUAUCCACCCGCAUACCUUGCCCACUCUCACUCCCGAGGAAUUGGCAAGGGCAUUGAGACACAGGACCAGACCUUCCUUUCUGACCACGGGCUUCCUUCGUUACGGCGGGGUCACUUGGGAAUCACUUUCCGCGGAGAGUUCUAAACGAACCUCCCUACACACAAAGAAGACCAAGUCAGAGAGACAUAGAGACAGACACACGCAGAGAGAGUCCUCCACCACCGGCCCGGGUCCUCGCCUGGCCCUGUUGAUCGGCACUGUCCGCUGCCGCCGCCCUCUCUCACUAUCUACUACAGUGCCCUUAUCGGCUAUUGCGACUCCAAGAACAAGUUGUAAAUGGAUCCCGAGGACGGCCUGCGCCUGCAACGACACAAGCAGCGUCGCGUAGCGGAUAAGGAGCGGAAGAGAGCAGUUCGAGCCUGUGACGGAUGUCGGCGACUCAAGGAAAAAUGCGACGGAGGAGUCCCUUGCCGCCGGUGCACCCGUCUGCGCCGGCAAUGCGAGUUCCUCACGCCCACGACGAGAGAUGAGCCCGGAUCGGAGAACUCAGCGAGACCCCGCCACUCGCAACAUCAUGAAGACGCCCAGUUGAGCCAGAGAAUGUCCUACAUGGAACGGCUCCUGGCGCAUUACACCGGCAAGAGCACCCUCGACGCCGAGACUCUAAAGACCUUGGCCGAGUCCGUGGAGAAGAUGAAGUCGCCUGCUGGACGACCGCGCACCGGCCCGGAGGGCACGGUGACCGGGGCCGGCGGUGGUCCUGGUGCUGCUGGUGGAGCGGAUGUCACCAUGGAGCCGGACGUCGGCGCCGAGGCAGAGGUGCAAUCGCAUAGCUCCGACUCUUUCAAGGUUGACGAGAUAACGGUUCAGCCUCUGGAGAACAACAUCACACAUUACUCCGGCGAGUUCUCACACUGGAACUUCUCCAUGCGGAUAAAGCAAUGGAUUGAACAGUGUGUAAACGACGCCCCGGAUGGUCCAAAGACACAAUUCAAAGAAUACUACCGCCCAGAAGAACUCCAGUCCCCCUCCAACACAGUAGCCUCCCUCUCCUCCCUCCCGCCCCGCUACGUCGCAGACUUCCUCGUCCAGGCCUUCUUCAACCAUGCCGAGACGAGCUGCUUCUACGUCGAGCGCCACUGGCUCAUGGACAGGCUCGACCUCGUCUACGAGAACUCGGCCUCCCUGACGCGCCGCGACGUCGGCACCGUCUGCAUGAUCCUCAUCAUCUUCGCCAUCGGCACACAGUACGCCUACCUCGACUCCCGGAACGAGAGGGGCGGCCCGCCCAGCGCCGCCGCCGACUCGAGCCCCUUUUCGGAGGACACCAUCGGCAUCAUGUUUUACCAGCAGGCGUGCCGGCUGGUCCCCGACGUGAUUACCAUUUCGUCGCUGGAGAGCGUUCAGGCGUGUCUGCUCAUCGGCCUCUAUACGUUACCCCUCGACGCCUCGGGGCUGUCGUACGUGUACUUGAACCUGGCGGUCAAGCUCGCAAUCCAGAAUGGUAUGCAUCGGAAGCACCCCGGGGCCGCCAUCGAUCCUGUCAUCCGGGAGACGAGGAACCGUGUCUGGUGGACGGCCUACACAACGGAAAAGCGUAUCGGUAUAUUCCACGGUCGGCCAGUAUCCAUCGCAGCAAGCGACGUCGACGCCGAGCUCCCAGUCGACAGACCAGAAAUAUGGCCCGGUUCAGCACCGCCAAAUACGGCACACAUGCUAGCCACACUCCAGCUCAACAACGCCCUCAGCAGAAUAGCUCACCAAAUAUCCCUCUUCAAAACGUUUGAAAAGAACGAAAUCCCAGAAGGCAUGGCCAAGCUCGUCGAGAUGAAAGCCCAACUCCACAACUGGUGGAACAGCCUCCCAGAACCAACCUUCAUCAAGGACCCGACCACCGGCCCCGCCGUCUUCCGUCCGACAAUGCACCUGAGGCUAGAAUACUGCCUCGUCCGCAUGUUCGCCGGCCGCCCCUUCAUCUUCCCCCGCGAAUCGGCCCACCGCGGCAGCACAGCAAGCUCCUCCGGAUCCCCCGCAGACUCCGUCGCCGUCACCGUAGUCGCAGGCGGCGGCGGCCCUUCCUCCGGUGGUGCCGGUGCCGGCCGCGCCACGACGAGCAGCUCAACCGGCAAAACAACACACCCGCGCGCCGUCCUCGUAGCAGACUGUGUCGACGCCGCCCUCCUCGUCGUAGAAACCUGCCGCCUCCUUCGCAACACGGUAGGCCUCGCCCGCGCCUCGUACACGGAAUUCUCCUCGUGCCGCGCUGCGCUGCUCGUCAUCAUCACUCAGUGCCUCCAGAAGAAGACGGACCGCCUCCGCGACGCUCUCAGAGAAGGCAUGGCGAUGCUGAGGGAGAUGUCGGCGGGCGGAGAGUCUGCGAAAUCGGAAAUGUCCCUCAUCGAGGCCUUUGAGCGCGCCAUUUCGAGGCUGGAUAUGGCGGACGAGAGUAACGGUGGCGGGGCUGGGGCUAACGGCGGCGCGUCCGGAGUCAAGGAGUCUGACUACGCGAGGUUCAAAAAGUGGGAGAUGUUGUGGAAGACGGAUACGCCUGCGCAAGGGCACGGGCAGGGAAAUGGUGAUGCGAGGAGCGAGAGGGAUGGACUUGAUGCCGCGGGGCUGCCGAUCCCGCCGCAUCCUGCGGGCAUAUGGCGGGGUGGAGGACACGGGCACUCUGGUGGCGGAGGAGGACAUGUUCCUGCCGGCGCGGGGAGGCAGGGUACGGCGUCGUUGCCGCCGGCCAUGCCGUUCUUCGGACUCGAUGGGAGCUUGUCGCCUAUGCCGCCUGCGCUCGACGAGUUCUCGGCCAUGUUUGGGAACGGAUACGUGCCGGGCUUUGAAGGUAUGGGCGGAAGUGUAAACGGUAACUGGAUGGGUCUUUGAGUUCAGGUUGGAGGAAACUUUGAAAGAAAAAGGAGCCAGUCGGUUGAGACAUUGCCUACUUCACGACCGGCAGAAUAUGGCGUUUGCGUGUCUCUGUUUACCUACUUGGAUGUGAAGAUAUCUUGACAUCGGUCAUACCUUCCACAAGGUCAUACCUUCCUGUACCUUCCGUAAGAACCCGUUAUACCCCCCCUCGAGUUCAUCCCUGUCACCAGCCAGCAGGCGCCCCCU